AUGGGUUUCUCUAGGAUCCACACCAGACUAACUAGCUAUUUCUCCCACUGGCAUUUGGCAGUGAAUCCCGCUGGUGUUGCCUUCUUGAAAUCAUUUAGCUCAUUGCCAUCCCUGAGCAACCAUUCUCCCCUGGGGGCUCUGGUCCACAAUUGGCCUUAAGCAAUCACUGACCUUCCCAGAUGGCUUCCUUGGGAAUUCUCCAAAGCCUGGUCCUUGGGUCUGUCCCACACAUACAACUGUGGUGGGGACCACAAGGUUCUCUAUCUCAGACUCUGUCUCUUCCUUCCUCAGCACCUGCACCCAAACCCGUGAUUUCCCUCCAUCCUCCAUGGACCAUCGUUUUCAAAGGAGAGGCAGUGACUCUGACUUGCCACAUAUCUCACUUCCCUGCAGCAGAGAACAAAAAAUUGUACCAGUGGUACCUUGGAACAGAAAUAAUACGUGAAAUCCCAGGAAAUACCCUCCAGGUCCGUGAUUCCGGAGAGUACAGAUGCCAAACCCAGGGCUCGCCCCUAAGUGAUGGUGUGAGCUUGACUUUUUCUUCAGCUAAACUGAUCCUGCAGGCUCCCCAUUCCGUGUUUGAAGGUGACUCUGUGAUUCUGAUGUGCCGAGCAAAGGCAGAAAAGGUAGACACAGCCCCGAAGACCAGGACCCUGUAUAAGAAUUACCAUAGGCUGAUGGACCUUGAUGAAAACUCCAACUUCCACAUUGAACACGCAGGGUUGAAGGAUAAUGGAGAAUAUUACUGUAUUGAAUCUGAGACCCAUUGUUGCUCUGUUUCUUCAAACACAAUCAAAAUCCAAGUCCAAGAGCUGUUUCCACAUCCCGUGCUGAAGGCCAACCCCUCCUUGGCCACCCCUGGGAACCCAGUGAUCCUGACCUGUGAGACCCAGCUCUCCCCUCAGAAGUCAGACAUCCAACUCUCGUUCCACUUCUUCAGAGAUGGCCACAUCUUGGGGUCAAGCUCGAAGAGCUUUCUGAAAAUCUCCAUCCCCUCCAUCGUGGGGAACGAAGACCCACCGUAUUACUGGUGUGAGGCACGGGCAGGGACUCCCAGUGUCUACAAACAGAGCCAGAAAUUCCAGAUACCUGUGCAGAUCCCCGUGUCUCGUCCUGUCCUCACCCUCAGCACUCCUGGGGCCCGAGCUGUUGAGGGAGAUUUGCUGACGCUUUCCUGUGAAGCCAAGACAGGCUCUUACCCCAUCGUGUACCAGUUCUUUCAUGAAGAAGUAGUUCUCAGGAAGACGAAGGCCACUUUUGGGGGGAUGGUGACCUUCCACAUCUCUCUGACUGCAGAGCACUCUGGGACCUACUCCUGCACCGCGGACAACAGCUUGGGUGUCCAGCGCAGCCAGCCGGUGUCCCUGUCUGUCACCGUCCCCGUGUCUCGUCCUGUCCUCACCCUCAGCACUCCUGGGGCCCAAGCUGUUGAGGGACAAAGGGCGACACUUCACUGUCAAGCCCGGAGAGGCUCACCCAGCAUCCUGUACCAGUUUUAUCAUGGAGAUGUCCCCCUGCGGAGCAGCUCGGCCCCCUCUGCAGGAGGGGCGUCCUUCAGUGUCACUCUGACUGCAGAGCACUCUGGGACCUACUCCUGCACCGCAGACAAUGGCUUCGGCCCCCAGCGCAGUGACACCAAGAGCCUGUUUGUCACAGUCCCAGCGUCCCGCCCCGUCCUCACUCUCAGGACUCCCAGGACCCGGGCUGUGGUGGGGGACGUGGUGGAGCUUCGCUGUGAGGCCCAGAGGGGCUCUCCCCCAAUCCAGUACUGGUUUUAUCACGAGGAUGUCACCCUGGGGAGCAGCUCGGCCCCCUCUGGAGGAGGAGCAUCCAUCAACCUCUCUCUGACUGCAAAACAUUCUGGAAACUAUGCCUGUGAAGCAAACAACGGCCUGGGGGCCCAGCACAGCGAGGUGGUGACACUCAGCGUCACAGUCCCAGCGUCCUGCCCCGUCCUCACCCUCAGGACUCCCAGGACCCGGGCCGUGGUGGGGGAUGUGGUGGAGCUUCACUGCGAGGCCCAGAGCGGCUCUCCCCCGAUCCAGUACCGGUUUUAUCACGAGGAUGUCUCCCUGGGGAGCAGCUCGGCCCCCUCUGGAGGAGGAGCAUCCUUCAACCUCUCUCUGACCCCAGAACAUUCUGGAAACUAUGCCUGUGAGGCUGAUAAUGGCCUGGGGGCCCAGCGCAGCGAAGCGUUUACACUCAGCGUCACAGUCCCAGCGUCCCGCCCCGUCCUCACCCUCAGGACGCCCGGGACCCAGGCCUUCCCUGGGGACGUGGUGGAGCUUCGCUGUGAGGCCCAGAGCGGCUCUCCCCCAAUCCAGUACCGGUUUUAUCACGAGGAUGUCACCCUGGGGAGCAGCUCGGCCCCCUCUGGAGGAGGAGCGUCCUUCAACCUCUCUCUGACCCCAGAACGUUCUGGAAACUACUCCUGUGAAGCCGACAACGGCCUGGGGCCCCAGCGCAGCGAGGAGGUUCCACUGUCCAUCUCAGGGCGGACAGGGAGCAGAAGCGGCUCUGUUGCCACCGGCGUGGCUGGGGGCCUGCUCAGCGUGGUGGGCCUCGUGGUCUUAGCACAGCUGCUGUAUUACCGCCUCCCCAGGAGAGCAGGAGGAAGGCCAACCUCCGGCCCCUCCAGGAGCCCUUCAGACUCGGACCCCCAGGAGCCCACCUACUACAAUGUUCCAGGCUGGAUGGAGCUGCAACCGGUGUAUAGCAAUGUCAACCCUAAAGGAGGAGAUGUGGUGUACUCAGAAGUGCGGACGAUUCAGGAGGGGAACAGACAUGCAGGGUUGAGAAAGCAGAUGUCGUCCCAGCAGCUUGAGGAUGACUCACUGCUGCUGGGCUGGCUCUGCCCAUCCUCUCCGACCCACCUGCCCUCCCACGGCCCGGCCGCCGGCCAGCAGCGGCUUUCCAGACCCCAGGGCUCCUCUGUCAUCUACUCGCAGGUAAAGGUGGCACCACUCCCGGCCUCCGCGGCUCCUCGCAGCUGA